AUGGCUUGUGGAGGCGGCUGCGGCAGGGGCGGUGUCGGCAUCGUGCAAGUGUCUACAGUGCAGCAGCCAGUGCCACUGCUCGGACGGUACCUGCUGACUUCACCACAUCAUGCUAACUGCCGUCAUGUGGAACAGUGGCCCCAGGACACUGCUGACACUGCUGAUACUGCUGACACUGCUGACACUAAUAACAUUGCUAACAGUGUUGACACUGCUGACACUGCUGACGUUGCUGACAGUGCUGACAUUGUUGACAGUGCUGUCACCGCUAUUGCUGACAUUACUGACAGUGCUGACAGUGAUGACACUGCUGUCACUGCUGACACUGCUGACACUGCUGACACUGCUGACAUUGCUGACACCACUGACGCUACUGACGUUGCUGACACCACUGACACUACUGACGUUGCUGACAGUGCUGACAUUGUUGACAGUGCUGUCACCGCUAUUGCUGACAUUGCUGACACUGCUGACACCACUGACACUACUGACGUUGCUGACAGUGCUGACAUUGUUGACAGUGCUGUCACCACUAUUGCUGACAUUGCUGACAGUGCUGACAGUGAUCACACUGCUGUCACUGCUGACACUGCUGACAUUGCUGACACUGCUGACAUUGCUGACACUGCUGACAUUGCUGACACUGCUGACAUUGCUGACACUGCUGACAUUGCUGACACUGCUGACACCACUGACACUACUGACGUUGCUGACAGUGCUGACAUUGUUGACAGUGCUGUCACCACUACUGCUGAUAGUGCUGACAGUGGUGACAGUGAUGACACUGCUGUCACUGCUGACAUUGCUGACACUACUGACGUUGCUGACAGUGCUGACAUUGUUGACAGUGCUGUCACCACUAUUGCUGACAGUGCUGACAGUGCUGACACUGCUGUCACUGCUGACACUGCUGUCACUGCUGACACUGCAGACAUUGCUGACACUGCUGACAUUGCUGACACUGCUGACACUGCUGACAUUGCUGACACUGCUGACACCACUGACACUACUGACAUUGCUGACAGUGCUGACGUUGUUGACAGUGCUGUCACCGCUAUUGCUGACAGUGCUGACAGUGGUGACAGUGAUGACACUGCUGUUACUGCUGACACUGCUGACAUUGCUGACACUGCUGACAUUGCUGACACUGCUGACACCACUCACACUACUGACGUUGCUGACAGUGCUGACAUUGUUGACAGUGCUGUCACCUCUAUUGCUGACAGUGCUGACAGUGGUGACAGUGAUGACACUGCUGUCACUGCUGACACUGCUGACAUUGCUGACACUGCUGACUUUGCUGACACUGCUGACACCACUGACGCUACUGACAUUGCUGACAGUGCUGAUGUUGUUGACAGUGCUGUCACCGCUAUUGCUGACAGUGCUGACAGUGGUGACAGUGAUGACACUGCUGUCACUGCUGACACUGCUGACAUUGCUGACGCUACUGACAUUGCUGACACUGCUGACACCACUGACACUACUGACGUUCUGACAGUGCUGACAUUGUUGACAGUGCUGUCACCGCUAUUGCUGACAGUGCUGACAUUGUUGACAGUGCUGUCACUGCUAUUGCUGACAGUGCUGACAGUAGUGACACUGCUGACAUUGCUGACACUGCUGACACCACUGACACUACUGACGUUGCUGACAGUGCUGACGUUGUUGACAGUGCUGUCACCAAUAUUGCUGACAGUGGUGACAGUGAUGACACUGCUUGCUGUCACCGCUAUUGCUGACAGUGCUGACAUUGUUGACAGUGCUGUCACUGCUAUUGCUGACAGUGAUGACACUGCUGUCACUGCUGACACUGCUGACACUGCUGACAUUGCUGACACUGCUGACACCACUGACACUACUGACGUUGCUGACAGUGCUGACACUUUUGACAGUGCUGUCACCACUAUUGCUGACAGUGCUGACAGUGGUGACAGUGAUGACACUGCUGUCACUGCUGACACUGCUGACAUUGCUGACACUGCUGACACCACUGACACUACUGACGUUGAUGACAGUGCUGACAUUGUUGACAGUGCUGCCACCGCUAUUGCUGACAGUGCUGACAUUGUUGACAGUGCUGUCACUGCUAUUGCUGACAGUGCUGACAGUGGUGACACUGCUGACAUUGGUGACACAGCUGACAUCACUGACACUACUGACGUUGCUGACAGUGCUGACACUGGUGACACUGCUGACACCACUGACACUACUGACGUUGCUGACAGUGCUGACCGGUCGCAGCAGCUGCCGCUGCCGACGGCUGAGAGCCGAGCAGCGCAGAGUCCGGCGAUUUCCGAUCGAGCCAGCGGGGAGUCGGAGCAGCGGGCGCCGGGAAACCAGCCGUACCAGCAGCACAACCUGCGAUGCCGGCCGCCGGCGGAGUCGCAGCCACAAGUUAAGUUGUGUAGCAGGCGCUUCAAUCUGUUUUUGUUUUUCUGA